AUGACCAACAAUGUCAGGAACCGCCCCGGACGCCGAGGAAACGAUCCCCGAGGUACCAACUCCAACCAGCAGCGACAGUCCACUUCCGCUUCUGCAGCAUCCCGCGAUGGCAGCUCCAAUACGUAUCAGAAUAGAAGAGGUGGAAAAGCAGGGUCAAACAUGAGCAGGUCCUCCGACAACAUUCAGAAUGGUCCCACAACCACUCCCACUACUCUCCCGCCGCCAGACGAUCAUGUACCCAUCGCGGGGUUCAAUGCCGAUGUUGUCGAAGCGACGUUGAAGCGAGGAUACGAGGUUAAAGCACCUCUCUACAAGCUGGACACCAAAUCGCAAGCCGCAACCCCUGCGAGCCCAUGGGGCGCCAAGCCUGGAGCUAUGGCCAGUGGAAAAGAUUUCUGGCUCGACUUGCGCAGACAGGUUGGGGCCUUGCAGCAAACAGGGGGCAUCAGUCAGGGCGGCUAA